AUGGUUCACGUUUUCCUCGACAAAACAAUAUAUGUACUUUUGUAUGCAUUUUUAAUCGUAAUUGGUCUUAAUCUAUGUGCGAAUGCUACAACAAUUGGCACUUCAAUUGGUUUUGCUGCUUUACAUCGUUCCAAUCUAUUUGGUCGACAACGAGUUUAUGGUACAAUGGGUUUUGGUCUGUGUGCUUUUAUUGCUAGUCGUAUUUACGCACAUUUUAAAUCCGACUAUGUAUACAUUUUUAUGUUCGUUGCUAGUAGUAUUCUUACUGUUAUCAUUACAAGUUUUGUUCGCAUUCGAUCUGAUAAACAUAACGCGGAGAAAUCAAAUCAAGAUGAUUUAUCUGUCAUAGAAGAAUUAAAUGAAACAUCAAUUAAUGAAAAUGAAGAAAAACCAAAAACCAAAAAUUCUCCAUUCAAGAUAUGUGCAAUUCUACCAUUGUUAAAAAAUUUCGAUGUUAUGGUAUUCUUGGCAACUACAUUUCUCUGGGGAACAUCCUAUGGUGGUAUGGAUCCGUAUUUGCUGUUAUAUAUCGACGAAAUUAGUCCAUGCGUAUCUCAUUCAAUUGUUGGUUAUAUGUCACUGAUUACAUCAACAGUUGAAGUUAUAGCUUUAUUUGUUGCUCAUAAACUAAUAAAAUGUCUCGGUACAAAAAUAUCAUCAAUAUUAAUCUUUAUUGCUUUUAUAAUUCGCUUCACUGGUUACUAUUUCAUCCGUCGACCAUAUCUUCUUUUACCUUUGGAAACAAUGCAUUUUUUUAAUUUUGGUAUUCUUUAUGUACUUAUUGCUCAACAAGCACUUGAGAUUGCUCCACCUGGUCUAUCCGGAACACUUCAAGGUAUAGUGUACGGAACAUCGUUUGGUUUAGGCCGUGGUGUUGGAUUACUCAUCUCUUUAUUUAUAUAUACACGAAUGAAGAAACGAUAUCUUUUCCUAAUCUAUGCUUUAUUCAAUCUAGUCGGUGUUAUUAUAUAUUCGAUUUAUUGUCUUUUAAGUAAACGACGAUCAUCUUCAUCAUUUAAUACAAAUGGUAAUCACAUAUUCAGACUUGUUUCACAUAAAUUAGACGAAAAUGAAAAACAUCCAGAUACGAUUAAAACAUAG